AUAGAAGAAAAAGAAAAGGAUGCGAGCAAGUUGAAGAUGUCUCUGCUAUGCUCUCCGUUCAUAUUUACAAUAUCCACUGCACUGUACUCCCAACCACCACCACAAGUUAUGCAAACGCAGAACAUCGUCGCUCGUCCUUCUGCGUUUCCUAGCUCUCCACUGGACUGCCGAUGUCAAGCAUUUAAACAGUUGAACAACCUAAGUUUUGGGGUUACUAGAGGAAGAAGAAAAAUCAAGGUUUCGCAACUCAAGGCUAGCUUUUGGGACUCCAUCAGAUCUGGCUUCGCAAAGGACAACUCCACACAAGUCAUUGAACCACCUUCCACACUAGAAGAAGAUGAAGAACCCUUGCCUGAAGAGUUCGUUCUGAUAGAAAAGACUGAACCAGAUGGAACAAUGGAGCAGAUAAUAUUCUCAUCAGGUGGAGAUGUUGAUGUUUAUGAUCUCCAAGCCCUGUGUGAUAAGGUGGGCUGGCCUAGAAGGCCAUUGUCAAAAUUAGGUGCGGCUUUGAAAAAUAGCUACAUGGUAGUCACGUUGCAUUCCAUUAAAAAAUCACCUGAAUCAGAGGGGAUUGACCAAAAGAAAUUAAUUGGGAUGGCUCGUGCUACAUCUGACCAUGCCUUCAAUGCUACAAUUUGGGAUGUUCUGGUUGAUCCUGCGUAUCAGGGCCAAGGCCUUGGUAAGACUCUCAUUGAAAAGAUUAUUAGGGCUCUUCUACAAAGGGACAUUGGCAAUAUAACACUCUUCGCCGAUAGCAAAGUUGUGGAUUUCUAUAAGAAUUUAGGGUUUCAACCCGACCCGGAAGGCAUUAAGGGUAUGUUUUGGUACCCAAAGUUCUAGUUCUCUCCGUGAAGAAGUCAGGUUUGGUUACGCUUCAAUUCAGUCCUGUCAUUACAUUAAAAUGACACACGGAAUUUGGAGUGUUAUGGUGGUAUCUCUCCUGUGUGUCAUGGUAUGAUUGUAAUAUAGGUUGUGAAGUUCCUAUAAAUAAGGAACAUUUAUUUAUUCUUAACUGUGCUAUAGUAGCUUACUAGCUUGUUUAAUACAAUGUAUGAUCAUAUUACUAAGAUAUGUAGACUUUUUCUUUCCAUCA